UAGGGAGGAGGAGGAGGCUGUCGUUUGGAGCCGGGAAUGGAGGCGGAGGAGAGGACGGAGCGGUGGCAUAUCUUCAGCAGUGGCAGCUGUCUCCGCCCAAGGUUUUAAGGACAGGUUCCCCCUUCAACCUGCCCCCGAUCCCACACCCACAGGAGACUAACAACAGGCCUCAGGCGGAGAGUCCCCCUCGUCACCCUCCGCUCCGUCAGUCAGUGUCCGCUCGGCGCCUGAGAGUCUGUGAAAUCGGGGCCGCGGGCCCGGGCCUGGGCCUCUACCUCUGCUGAGCACAGAGAGGGCCGCACAUCUCUUCCCCGGCCAUCAACCGGCGCAGGAAGAUGGCGAACGAGCCUCCCGCCCGUAGUCUGGACGACAUCGACCUUUCGGCUCUCCGGGACCCUGCAGGAAUUUUUGAACUGGUGGAAGUUGUCGGAAAUGGGACUUAUGGACAAGUAUACAAGGGUCGACAUGUCAAAACGGGACAGCUUGCAGCCAUCAAAGUUAUGGAUGUCACAGAGGAUGAAGAGGAGGAGAUCAAACAGGAAAUUAACAUGCUUAAAAAGUACUCGCAUCAUAGAAAUAUUGCAACAUACUAUGGUGCCUUCAUCAAGAAGAGUCCUCCAGGCCAUGAUGACCAACUUUGGCUGGUUAUGGAGUUCUGUGGAGCUGGAUCAGUCACCGACUUGGUCAAGAACACAAAAGGAAAUGCACUGAAAGAAGAGUGGAUUGCCUACAUCUGUAGGGAAAUACUGAGGGGCUUAACACAUCUUCAUGCACAUAAAGUUAUUCACCGAGACAUCAAGGGACAGAAUGUGUUACUGACAGAAAAUGCUGAAGUAAAACUUGUUGAUUUUGGUGUGAGUGCUCAACUUGACCGAACUGUCGGAAGAAGGAAUACAUUCAUUGGCACCCCAUAUUGGAUGGCACCGGAAGUGAUUGCCUGUGACGAGAACCCAGAUGCCACCUACGAUUAUAGGAGUGACAUUUGGUCUUUGGGGAUUACUGCAAUUGAAAUGGCAGAAGGCGCACCACCUCUGUGUGACAUGCACCCAAUGCGAGCCUUAUUCCUUAUUCCAAGAAAUGCCCCUCCAAGAUUGAAGUCUAAAAAGUGGUCAAGGAGGUUUAUAGAAUUUAUUGAAAAUUGUCUGAUCAAAAAUUACACUCAGAGACCAUCCACAGAUCAGCUGUUGAAGCACAGCUUCAUUCGAGACCAGCCAACUGAGAGGCAGGUCCGCAUCCAGCUAAAAGACCAUAUUGAUCGGACCCGGAAAAAGCGUGGUGAAAAAGAAGAGACGGAGUAUGAAUAUAGUGGUAGUGAGGAGGAGGAGGACAAUGUCGGCGAAGAAGGAGAACCAAGCUCCAUCGUGAACUUGCCGGGUGAGUCCACGCUGAGGCGAGACUUCUUGCGGCUGCAGCAGGAGAACAAGGAGCGAUCAGAAGCUGUGAGGCGGCAGCAACAGCAAAUUGUGCUGCCUCGGCGGGACCUAGAGGAGCACAAGCGGCAGCUUAUCUCAGAGCGGCAAAAACGCCUCGAGGAGCAGAAGGAGCAGCGCCGUCGUCUGGAGGAGCAACAACGGCGAGAACGGGAACUACGCAAACAGCAAGAGAAAGAACAUCAGAGGCAGCUGGACGAGAUGCAGCAGCUACGCAGAGAAGAGGAGAGGAAACAAGCUGAGCGAGAGCAGGAAUACAAACGAAAGCAGCUGGAGGAACAGCGGCAGUCUGAGCGAUUACAGAGGCAACUACAGCAAGAGCAUGCAUUCCUCAUGUCACUGCAGCAGCAGCAGCAACAGCAGCUGCAAAAGCAGCAGCAGCAGCCCCAAGAAAAGAAGCAGUUGUACUAUUACAAUAAAAAUGUGAAUCCAGCUGACAAGCCAGCCUGGGCGAAGGAGGUUGAAGAACGCUCCAAAAUGAACAGACAGAACUCUCCUGGUGCGAAGCCUAAGAUGGGGACGACAAUAUCUGAUCCAUCGCUGCAGUCACUCACAGAAUCCGUACCCAGCAGUGCUGCCCAAAACUCUCAGACACCACCCAUGCAUCGACCUGUGGAGCCGCAGGGAGCCCAGUCAAAGUUUCAAGUGGCGCACCUUGUUGCGCUGAAGCCGUCGUCAGCACCGGUGCCGCGGUCUCAGUCACUUCAAGACCAACCGACCAAGAAUGUCGCUGCCUUCCCAACCCAGGAACCUGCACCAGUGAAGCGUGGUGAGAUGCUGCGUCAGAACUCUGACCCGACCUCAGAGACUCCUGUACUCCCACCCCGUGCCAACAACAGGGACGACUCUGGGCCAUGGGUGAAGAUGGAGGAUGAGGCACCUCCCAAGGUUCCUCAAAGAACGACCUCCAUAGCUACAGCUCUGAACAGCAGUAGUGCACUGAUAAAUCGACCAGGACAGGCACCGCGUGCAAGCAAUCCAGAUCUACGCAGGAUUGAGCCAGGAUGGGAAAGGGCAGAGAGUCUCCCAUUGAUUGGCCCCCAUCGGAUAUUUGGGACUGGUUCCAUGGAACGCAACAGAAUUACAACUUCCUCCAAGCCUGAAGGAUCGCCAGUCCUCUCUCAGGAUACAAACCGCAGAAAGCCAGAGGAGAUACGUACUACCUCACGACCCGGCAGACCUGCAGACAUGCUGAACCUGGGGAAAGAGAUCCGGUCAGACGAGCUGCCAAAACCACCAGUUAAAGUGAUGGACUACUCGUCUUCCAGUGAGGACUCUGGCAGCAGUGAUGACGAGGAGGAAGAAGGUGACAACGAGCAUCAAGAUGAGAAUCUGUCUAGCUCUGAUGGCUCCAGAUCAGGACCAACCCGUAACAAAGAUGGUGACACAGACAGCAUAAACACAAUGGUGGUGCAUGAUGAAGAGGAGUCUUCAGCGGCUGAUACACCCAGCAACACCUAUGGAGAUGGGACAAUGAUUGUUCAGAGGACACCCGAGGAAGAACGAGGGGUCCAUCAUCCAGACAGCAAUGGUUUCACAAGUCACGUUAACCUGCCUGAUUUAGUGCGGCAGAGCCAUUCCCCAACUGAUCCCAAGGGACCUACCUCACAGCAGGACGAUGGUUUAGCAGAGUUUCAGUCAAGAGGCCUUGUGAAAUCACCUGGCAAGUCAUCGUUUACCACCUUUGUUGAUCUUGGAAUGUACCAGAUGGACGCUGGUGGGGAUACAAUACAAAUCGGUAGUCUAAGCAUCAGUGAUGGAGGUGGAUUAAACCAACUGAAGUAUGAAGACAGGAAGUGCUCGGUGGUGAAUGUCAAUCCGGCCAACACACGACCGCACAGUGAUACGCCCGAAAUACGCAAAUACAAGAAACGUUUUAAUUCUGAAAUACUUUGUGCUGCCUUGUGGGGUGUGAAUCUGCUGGUGGGCACAGAGAAUGGGCUGAUGCUACUUGAUCGGAGUGGCCAGGGUAAAGUCUACAGCCUCAUCAGUCGUCGACGCUUCCAGCAGAUGGAUGUCUUAGAAGGGCUGAACCUCCUCAUCACUAUAUCAGGUAAACGGAAUAAACUGCGUGUGUAUUACUUGUCCUGGCUGCGGAAUAAGAUUUUACAUAAUGAUCCAGAGGUGGAGAAGAAGCAGGGCUGGACCACAGUAGGAGAUAUGGAGGGCUGUGUGCACUACAAAGUCGUGAAGUACGAGAGGAUCAAGUUCCUGGUUAUUGCACUGAAGAAUUCGGUUGAGGUCUAUGCCUGGGCUCCGAAGCCUUACCAUAAGUUCAUGGCUUUCAAGUCAUUUUCAGACCUGCCUCACAAACCAACACUGGUUGACUUGACUGUAGAAGAAGGUCAGAGAUUGAAGGUUAUAUAUGGAUCCACUACAGGCUUUCAUGCAGUUGACGUAGAUACUGGAAACACCUAUGAUAUUUAUAUCCCAGUGCAUAUUCAGAGCCACAUUGUGCCUCAUGCAAUUGUCAUUCUACCCAACACUGCGGGAAUGGAAAUGCUUCUAUGCUACGAAGAUGAGGGAGUUUAUGUGAACACUUAUGGCCGGAUCACCAAGGAUGUGGUGCUGCAAUGGGGUGAAAUGCCGACCUCUGUUGCAUACAUCUGCUCAAACCAGAUCAUGGGUUGGGGCGAGAAGGCAAUUGAAAUCCGCUCUGUCGAAACAGGCCAUCUCGAUGGAGUUUUCAUGCACAAAAGAGCCCAGCGGCUAAAGUUCCUCUGUGAACGAAAUGAUAAGGUGUUUUUCGCUUCUGUUCGUUCAGGUGGGAGCAGUCAAGUUUACUUCAUGACGUUAAAUAGGAACACAAUCAUGAACUGGUAAAAGGGGCAACAUGUUGGACUACUGAAGUGUUGGAUACUGUAAAUAAGGAGAACGAUGUGUUUUGUAGAUCAGAGCUUUAAAACCAGAGUUGGAAGGCCUCGGGAAGGUUUCUGUGGAAAUUGCGGUGGAUUCUCGUGCCUCAAAUGAUAUCGAUGAAGCUGUUCCUUCGCAAUUGGUGUUUUCCUUCCCCGGGCUGGAGAACGAACUUAACAGCUUGGCUGCAGUCACCCAGCAUGCUUUUCCCUUUGGACACUGAGGCUGCUACAUCUUGGUGGCAGGUCAUGUGGAUGGAGUGUGCACAUGGUUGAGGUUAUUGGGGAAGGUUGGGAUGGUGUGCAGGAAAUGGGCUGAAGGAUAAUGGGUCCGAUUGAUUGGAGAUGAGCCACUGUUCUAGACGGGAGAGUCAGAACCACCAAAUAUCAGUGUGACCCAAGCUGUGCCUCCUCAGACUUGUUGGGAAAACCUGGUUUGUGCCCAGACUGGUGGUUCUGAUAGUUUUGGGGUAUAUUAUUUUUUGCUUAUUUUAGAGUAGAACUAAAAUAGUUUUGCAAAUUCCUUUCAUGCAUCCAAACAUUUGCGCAAAAAUGUCAUGUUCAGUUGCAUCUAACCAGGAUGUUGAAAGGUGUGGGCCAAUCCUUUGUUGAUUUAAGGGACCAUUCAAGGUGAUGGAAGGAUCAUACAUGCCUCAGGUAAAGUGGUGAGGAGUGAGUCAGAAAAGGCACACCAGCAUCGCAGUACAAUUUUUGUUAAAAUCUCAUCUCAAAAUAUCUCUGAGGUCUCUUUUGCUUGGCAAUAUUGGGCUGUAUGGACAAUCUGGGCUAACUUGAGAGUCUCAGUCACCCCAGAUGUUUUGAAAUGUCUGGUAAAAUCAUCUCCUUCAUUCUCUUGCCUGCCCACGUGAAAUUUGGCAACGAUGUUUGCUUGUCUUUCUGACGAGUCAAACCUGUGAUCUCUCUGCAUGCAUAUAACCUCUCUCUCCCUUCCCUCCCACCCCCAUUCUCUUGCAGUCUCUGUCCCUUCACCCUCCCCAUUCUGUCUCGCUCUGUCGUCUGUCUGUCUGUCUGUCUCUCUCUUUCUCUCUUUCUGUCUUCCCCCCCCCCCCCCAACUGUUGUCUCUGUUCUUCCCCUCUUCUCUCCUACCACCUCCCCCAACCCGCCAUUCUUUGCCUCUCGCUCUCUGUCUCCUUCCCGCACUUUCGCCCCCUCUCUCUCAUCCCUUCUCUGCUGCUUUUGAUACUGGCUCAUACAGAUAAGGGUGACAGCAUGUGAAAGGCAUAAAAUGGCUGUAGCAGACCAAAUGGUUCCUCGCUGUGUUUCUUAUCGUUUAAACCUUGUUCUUACUCCUGUGAUUCCCAGACCCCUGCCACGUGUUCAGGCACUACAUUCCCUUCUCAAGGGUGAUCCUCUCCAUUUGUCCCAAGUGCAGCACGUGGAUUGUUUCCCCUAAGUCGGGCAGGGGGAGAUAUGGAAGUGUGACAAGAAAUAACGAGUGUGCCAGCGAUUCUCGAAGAUGGGAACAGCGUGCUUGUAAUUAGCCUUUCAAGUGGUCUAAUAUUGCCAUGGAGACCCAGGGACGUUUGCCUUUCCAUCUUGCUGGCUGCCUUCUGUAGAGCAGGACGUGCUGGUUUAAAAUGAGGCAUCAGCAUUUCCCCUGCAUGUGCUUCAUGAAGUGAUGGCUGGUCUCCAUCCACUGUUUCCAGAUUUCCCUGUGUGCUGUCCAGCCCAGUGUGGCUCACUGUCGUAAGUAGGAAGCCACUCAGUCUCCUGAAGCUCGCUCCCUCAUUUCUGCACCCCUGUAUCUCAGCUUCCCUUUCCUUUUGUUCAGUCCUUCCCUGACUCACUUGUCCUUGAAUUUUAUCAGUCACUACAAUUAUGUUUGGCCAGGUUUCAACCAGGUUUCUCUCUCCCCUCCAUCCUUCAAGAUAUCUUCCCACUUAAGCCAUUAGCUCAGCCUCACCUCAGUGUUUGAGUCAGGGUCUCCCAGGAGUGAACUGUAUUUUUGUUCUGCUGUACUGACCCCAAAGGCUGUACCAGAUAGGAAUUGUGGCUUCGGUGUGAGGUGUUGAAUCUCGCUGGAUUUCAUGGUUGGACUUAGAAGAUGGGAGAGCACAGUGUCUCAGCAUUGAGUUUGAGCUGGAGAUGAUGUCAUCCAAGGUCAAACUCUCAUGGGCUUGAAACCAUCCACAACUGUGAUCUGAGGAAUUGAGCAACUGUUAGCUCAGGGCAGGCGGUUGCAUUUCAUGUCCAGAGACAUGCUUUUUGACUCAAGACCAUAAUGGUGAGGUGUUAGGGUUUCUGAAUACAGCCAGGUAUACUGUGAACUGGCUGAUAAGUGCUAUUGGUUGUGGUUUUGCUUCUGUGUCAGCUGUGAUUGUUUGAGUGCUGCUAUUUGUCUGGAGACGUACUUGUGUUUUAUUCAGAAAGUUCUGUUAAUUUAGCUCAGAAACUAAGUCAGUGGUCCUGCAUUGUUGGAGUAUGCCGUGCUGCUCUGGAACAUGUUUUGGUUGUCAUUUGGUCUGCUCAUUAUCUUUUGAAUCUCUGUUCAAUACCUCUGCAUUUGAAACUGUGUUCGAAUGGAGCAAAAUUGAAGGAGGCGGGGGAAGAGGAGAGAAUUCCUGUGAUAGUGGGCUUGACCUCUCAGUCUGUGUUCUGUCUGUGAAGCUGCAGCCUCUUUGACUCUUCAUGCCUGCUCAGAAAUUUCUGCCAGUUAAAUGUCACCGAACAGAAUUUUUUGUGAUGCCAAUCCAUUAAAAUGGGAUGGGUGGAAUUUACAGUGUUGUUUCAUGUUGAGCCUGGUUUAUGCAAUGGUCCAGUUAGUCACAGGGUAAGUUUAUAUUGCAGGAGACUGUUGUCAUGGCAAUUGUCAAGGUUCUAAAUGUAAACUAAAUAGAUUACUGCAAGCAGCAGAUAGAUUAUCAUUGAUUUUAUACUCCAAAAAAAGAGAGCUGAGGAUCUUCUAAAUCUGUUAUAGCGAAGGCCGGGCAGUGUGAACAGUCAUUCAGGGAGAUGUAAUUUGGUUUGUUUUUUUGAAAAUCACCUGAUUUGUAAAUUUGGGUGAGAUGAUGAAAGGUACACAGUAAGUUUUUAUAUACUUUCAUUCCUCCCUUCCCUGACUCUGGUGAAGAGUGAGAUUGCAGGCAUCAGUGUAAUUUGAUAACAUGAUUUGACAAAGGAUGGAGCAGUUGAUUUCAUGCAGAGAGAAAUGAGUCAUGCACUGACUGGAGACAGACAAACAUGCUGUCUUUAAAUGAUCUCCUGUGGUGGGGUGUUCAGGGUUCCUGAGCUAAUAUAGUCUUAUAGUGAAGCUUCAAGAGGUCAAUGGGUGAGGAUCAUUUGACCAUAACGUGUCAUCAUAAUUCAAUUUCCAUGUUUAGUGCCCCACAUUACAUCCUUGCUGUCAUGUGCUUGUCCAUUAUAAUUCACCUCGUAAACUGUGCAAGUUUGUCAUAUUUCAGUUCCACCCUCCUGCCAUUAUACCACCUUUCCAGGAGGUGGAAACUUAGUGUUCCCACUGAAGGUUGACAGUGAACGUCAUCAAGUUAAUUACUAGCUUUUCGAACAUAUUUCACCAUAAACACCAAGCUGUAGUCCACUUCUAAUGGCUCAUAGUGUUGACCAAACAAGGACUGAAUUAGGAGGACAAAAUCUCAGUGAAUCAACAAGGUACUGCUUUCAUUCAAUUUUCCUUUGCAACUUGAGCUUUGUGCAAAGAUUGAUUCGGUUACCCUUACAAUGCAUUCAUUUGGUUGAAUGACAGGGAGGGGGUCUGGCCUUGUCUGUUGUUUCAAGUUGACUGUCAUUUGGGCGGCACAGUGGCUAGCACUGCUGACUCACAGCGCCAGAGACCCAGGUUCAAUUCCUGCCUCAGACGACUGACUGUAUGGAGUUUGCAUGUUCUCCCCGUGUCUGCAUGAUGCACCAGUUUCCUCCCACAGUCCAUAAAUAUGCAGGUUAGGUGAAUUGGCCAUGCUAAAUUGCCUGUAGUGUUAGGUGAAGGGGUAAAUGCAGGGGAAUGGAUCUGGGUGGGUUGUGCUUUGGCGGGUCGGUGUGGACUUGUUGGGCCGAAGGGCCUGUUUCCACACUAAGUAAUCUAAUGUAAUUUUGAAGCUUUAAUUCACACCACCCCCAUGCCCAUCUCCGACUCCCCACACCUCCCAGUCACGCUCCUGCGGAACACUGGAUGUGUUCUGCUAUGUUCAAAAGUAGUAGGCCGUUUGUACUGACCGUAGGUGAUUCUGCAAAGAUGGUGUCUGCAUUGGUUUCUACCCAGUGUAAUUCACAGUGUGAUGUCUGCCAUUGCCAACCUUUCCUUCUGUUUAAUGUGGUAUCAAAAUCAGAACUCAUUCUCACUUAACUUUGAGCCUUUGCUCUCUUUUUGAGAGAUUGCACAGCUUUGACUCAGAGGAUCUGUCUUAACAAAAAUCCCUCUCC